AUGGAGGAAGUUCCACGCCCGGAUGCUGACGUUAAGGAAGCGUUGACAUCCGGGCAGGGACGAGCAGACGCCCGGUACGAGGACUCCGGGCUCCGGUGGCAAAUGCCCAACGGAAGCGAGCUGAACACGGAGUACAAGCUGCCCUUGGGUUUUCUCGAGCGAUCGGAAACUGUUGGCAACAUGUCGAACGGUACGACCGAGCCGAUCGAAGGCCUCGAGCAGCAAAUCAACAGCUUUUACUUCUACGAGACUGAACAAUUUGCAGUAUUAUGGAUAUUAUUUGUAGUGAUCGUGCUCGGCAACACGGCCGUGCUUGUGACGCUGUUUCUCAACAAAAACCGCAAAUCGAGGAUGAACUUUUUCAUCAAGCAGCUCGCAAUAGCAGAUCUCAGCGUUGGGUUACUGAGCGUCCUGACGGACAUCGUGCAGCGAAUAACGAUCUCCUGGCUGGCCGGCAACGUCGCCUGCAAGCUGAUCCGCUUCGUCCAGGUGUGGGUGACGUAUGCUUCCACGUACGUGCUCGUGGCCCUCAGCAUCGAUCGCUACGAUGCCAUCACGCAUCCGAUGAACUUUUCCGGCUGCUGGAAACGCGCGCGUCGGCUUGUGGCGGCUGCCUGGGGCUUCAGUGCCGUUUUUUCGUCGCCUAUGUUCUACCUAUACGAGGAGCGCAUCAUACAAGAUCAGCUGCAGUGCUGGAUCGAUCUUGGGGAUUCGUUUCGGUGGCAGGUUUACAUGUGCUGGGUGGCCGCGUCGCUCUUCGUCAUUCCGGCGUUCAUCAUUUCCGCCUGCUACGUCAUCAUCAUUCGGACGAUCUGGAGCAAGGGUUCGAUGCUGGGACCGACGCCGGUUGGGCCUGGUGCCAACGGAGGCAAGCAUCGACCCAUACGCAAUGGUGGUGGCUGUGCGGAGUUGGCAAGCCGGCGGGCCAGUUCGCGAGGCAUUAUCCCACGCGCCAAGGUGAAGACAGUCAAGAUGACGAUCGUGAUCGUGAUCGUGUUUGUGCUGUGCUGGUCACCGUACAUCGUCUUCGAUCUGCUGCAGGUGUUCGAGCAGAUCCCAAAGACACAAACGAACAUCGCCAUCGCUACGUUCAUCCAGAGCCUAGCUCCGCUCAACUCGGCGGCCAACCCGCUUAUCUACUGUCUCUUUUCCACGCACUUUGUGCGCACACUGAAAAGACUUCCACCAUUCCGAUGGCUGCUGUCAUCGCCAUUAUGCUGCGCCAGCGAGGAAGACCGCUCGGAACGGGGCCGUUGUGGCACGAUCUCGAGUGGCAAUCGCAACCUGCGCAACCAGCAUAGCAGCAGUUCGAUGCGAACGCUGACGACUUCGCUCACCGUAUCGACACGUCGCUCGACGGCGACCAUUUCGACGAGGGGUGCGAGUGGACCAGCCGCAGGGCGGUUGCUGGUGUAG